UCUCCUCCUCCUCCUCCUCCUCCUCCUCUUCCAGUCUUGCGAGAACCGAGACAAACUAAGGGGCGUUAAGUUGCUUUUACAGCCGGGAAACUACCGAGAGAGCAGUUCUACGUCGGCUCCACACGGCCUCUCGGCUGCAGUCGUUUAACUUUCGCAGGUUGUCAUCGAAGAAGCGGCGGAGAAAAUGGUCCGAAGAGGAAGAAGUGGACGCGCUGUCAGGAUGGAAGAUGAUAUUGGAAGUUGAGGCUCUCUCAGAAUCACCACUUCACUGCAAGAUGUGUCCUGCCCUUCGUCGUAUUUUCUCCAUCUUCGCUUUACUAAACUUUAGUUACUGCACAGUGAGCCAACUAGGUGUGACCCCCAGAUCUUUGAUCAUGCACUUGUGAUGAUACACAGGCUGCCCUUCCCAUAUCCCAUUCCUAUUGUCUGUGACAAGGACACGUCUUUCUAUUCAGACCCUGUCCUCUCGAACCCACCUCCCUCCCUUGGAUUUUCUGUGCCAUGAUCCGCAAGAGAGGCUCUCUCAUUCUUUGUGGUACGUUCCUGUUUAUCACCUGGAACGCCAUACUGGUGUUACUGCUGUGGGGAAGACCCCCACCUGGCCAGCCGGGCGAGCCUGGCCGAGGGCAGGGAGAAGUGGGUGAAAGGCCUACUAAUGACGUGGUGGGGGAUGUGCUCCGAAUGGCGGACACGUUCGAAGCAGAACUUGAAAGGCAGAAACAAAUCCUGCUGCAGAUCCAGAAUCAUCAGUCGCUGUGGGAGACGCCAAACAAAGACGGGCCGAAGGUUGCCGUCCCCCGUCGUCAACCUGUCAUUCCUAUCCUGGUUAUCGCCUGUAACAGAGUCACAGUGAGACGCUGCUUGGACAAACUCCUGCAGCAUCGUCCUUCAGCAGAGCUUCACCCAAUCAUAGUGAGUCAGGACUGUGGACACGCCGAGACCGCUGAGGUUAUUCGUUCUUAUGGAAGUCAGGUAACUCAUCUGAAACAGCCGGACUUGUCGGAUAUCGCCGUGCCACCGCAGCACAAGAAGUUUCAGGGUUACUACAAAAUCUCCAGGCAUUACCGCUGGGCUCUCAACCAGGUGUUCAAGACCCUCUCUCAUUCCUCGGUUGUGAUUGUAGAGGAUGACCUGGAGGUGGCGCCAGACUUCUUUGAGUACUUCCGAGCCUCGCUGCCACUCCUGAAAUCCGACCCCAGUCUGUGGUGUGUGUCAGCCUGGAAUGACAAUGGCAGGGAUGGCUACGUGGAUCCAGGUAAAGCUAACCUGCUCUACCGGACAGACUUCUUCCCUGGCCUGGGGUGGAUGCUCCUCAAGGAGGUGUGGGAGGAGCUGGAGCCCAAGUGGCCCGCUUCAUUCUGGGACGACUGGAUGCGUCACCCAGACCAGCGCCGCAACCGUGCCUGUAUACGCCCAGAGAUCUCACGAACUUUGACCUUUGGCCGGCAAGGUGUGAGCCUGGGUCAGUUUUAUGACAAGUAUCUGCGUUAUAUUAAACUGAAUACCGAAUUUGUGCCUUUCACCAAGUUAGACCUGAGUUACUUGAAAGAGGAGACGUACAGAGAGGUUUUUGAGAAGGAAGUUUACAGUGCUCCCGUGGUUACAUAUGAAGAUGUUAAGCAGGGUACGCUAAAAGGACCUGGGCCCUUCCGCCUUCAAUACUCAAGUAAGGACAGUUUCAAAGUGAUGGCCAAGAACCUGGGAAUCAUGGAAGACUUGAAGUCUGGAGUCCCAAGGGCAGGAUACAGAGGGGUUGUCAGUUUCAUCUCACGAGGACAUAGAAUCUACUUAGCCCCUCCUCCAGGAUGGACCAAGUACGAUACCACCUGGAGCUGAUGAUCCACAUAAUCGAGUCUUUUUGUAAAUGUCAGCUGGGGAAAGCAAAGCAUUCCAGACCAAAGACUGAUGUCCUUAAAGUUUGUCUUUGAAUGAUCUAGUUUAUUGUCCCUGAUAAUGCAGAAUGGAUUGUCUCUCUUUUCUGGUGUAGGGUUUAUUGCCAAUGCCACUCAGGUCUUUUUCAUUAUUCCAAAAUGUUUCUUACAGUGUAGGAUACAGCCUAAACAGUUCGUUAGACAAAACUGCUGUUACUCACCAGAGAUCUAUUUUUUAUAAAAUGCUAAUUGUGCACAUGACAUUCAUUAAUGCAUUUAAUGCAAUUACCUAGUUUGCCACUUUUGUUUAAAUUAUUUGCAAUUUCUGGUAUCCUAUGUGAAAUGUUUAUGUCUGAUACAAAUAUGAAAACAUAAUCUGUGGUAUGGUUGCUUAUAUUUGUGGUGACUGGUCAUAACUGCAGUAUAAUCCGUCAUUUGAUUCUCAGUGUUUGUCCUCUAUGAAAAUCACUUUUCCUGCUUACAUUUUAAUGUCAAAUAAUUUUGUUUAAUGAUUUUUCAAAUGUACUCCUUGCAGGUUUGUAACCUUGCAAACUACAGCAUUUGUGUUUGUUUUUUUUGGAAUAAAAAAACAAUACACUUGUUUAA